CGCCCGCCUCGGCCUCCCAGAGUGCUAGGAUUACAGGCGUGAGCCACCGCGCCCGCGCCCGGCCAGUUUACUUUUAACAUAAGGGAACUCUCUGGCUCACUAGCAACACAUACCUUUCCUUUAUCUUUAGAUCAGGAUAGAUUCCCUGUCAAGUUGCCAUUAGUAUCAUGUAUUUCUUUCCUAACGAGUUUUUGGUUUUGAAUCCUAAAUUAAUUAUAAUUAAAGAAAAGGUAAGAUAACCCCUAAUGUCAGUAAUAAUAGAUGGGUUUUUCCUUCCAGUUUUUCUUUCUGCAUAUAGUUUACCUAAUUAUAGUCAAGGUACAUACUUUUAUUUUUUCUCUUUCACUUAGUACAUCUUUAGGUCAUAUCCAGCUUCUGCCAAAUAGUCAUCGUAAUACCCUUUAGUUGUUGGACGAAACAGAAAAAGGAAUUUAAUACAUCUGUAGUGGUCUCCACACGUUCCUAACAACAAUUACAAAGGGAGUGUCAGCUGUCCACUGGUUGCUUUUCUACUCUGCUUAUGAGGCUGAAGAUCUCAAUUUUAGUGUUCAGGUACCUGAAGGAGUUCCGCACGGAACAGUGCCCGCUCUUUGUGCAACACAAAUGCACACAGCAUCGGCCCUACACCUGCUUCCACUGGCACUUCGUGAACCAGCGGCGCCGCCGGUCCAUCCGACGUCGGGACGGCACCUUCAACUACAGCCCUGACGUCUACUGCACCAAGUACGACGAGGCUGCGGGCCUCUGCCCGGAGGGCGACGAGUGUCCAUUCCUGCACAGGACCACAGGGGACACUGAGCGCAGGUACCACCUUCGUUACUAUAAAACUGGAAUCUGCAUCCACGAGACAGACUCAAAAGGCAACUGCACCAAAAACGGCCUGCACUGCGCUUUUGCCCACGGGCCCCAUGACCUCCGCUCCCCUGUCUACGACAUCAGGGAGCUCCAGGCCAUGGAGGCCUUGCAGAAUGGCCAGACCACAGUAGAGGGCAGCAUGGAGGGCCAGUCGGCUGGGGCUGCAAGCCACGCCAUGAUAGAAAAAAUCCUCAGUGAAGAGCCUCGCUGGCAAGAGACUGCUUAUGUGCUGGGGAACUAUAAGACGGAGCCUUGCAAGAAGCCCCCGCGGCUGUGCCGCCAAGGCUAUGCCUGUCCCUACUACCACAACAGCAAGGACCGGCGGCGGAGCCCCCGGAAGCACAAAUACAGGUCAUCUCCAUGUCCAAACGUCAAGCACGGGGAUGAGUGGGGAGACCCCGGCAAGUGUGAGAACGGGGAUGCCUGCCAGUAUUGCCACACCCGCACGGAGCAGCAGUUCCACCCGGAGAUCUACAAAUCCACCAAGUGCAACGACAUGCAGCAGUCGGGCAGCUGUCCCCGAGGACCUUUCUGCGCCUUUGCCCACGUAGAACAGCCACCCCUAAGUGACGACCUACAGCCUUCCUCAGCUGUGUCUAGCCCCACCCAGCCAGGUCCCGUCUUGUACAUGCCGUCUGCUGCCGGAGACUCGGUGCCUGUGAGCCCUUCCAGCCCGCACGCCCCCGACCUCAGUGCUCUCCUCUGUAGAAAUAGCAGCCUGGGCAGCCCAUCUAACCUCUGCGGCUCCCCACCGGGCUCCAUCCGGAAGCCCCUCAACCUGGAGGGCAUCGUCUUCCCCGGGGAGUCUGGCCUGGCCCCUGGCAGCUAUAAGAAGGCUCCUGGGUUUGAGAGGGAAGACCAAGUAGGAGCCGAGUACCUGAAAAACUUCAAAUGCCAGGCCAAAUUAAAAUCCCACUCACUAGAGCCAAGGAGUCAAGAGCAGCCUCUGCUUCAGCCCAAACAGGACGUGCUGGGCAUCCUCCCCACGGGCAGCCCCCUGACCUCAAGCAUCUCUUCUAGUAUCACCUCCAGCCUGGCAGCUACUCCCCCCAGCCCCGUGGGCACCAGCAGCAUCCCUGGCAUGAAUGCAAACGCUCUGCCCUUCUACCCCACCAGCGACACGGUAGAGUCCGUCAUAGAGUCUGCUUUGGAUGACCUGGACCUGAACGAGUUUGGGGUGGCCGCCCUGGAGAAGACUUUCGAUAACAGCACAGUGCCCCACCCAGGCAGCAUCACAAUUGGCGGCAGCUUGCUGCAGAGCUCUGCGCCCGUGAACAUCCCUGGCUCCCUGGGCAGCUCUGCCUCUUUCCACUCAGCGUCCCCGUCCCCUCCUGUCAGCCUCUCCUCGCAUUUCCUGCAGCAGCCCCAGGGCCACCUGAGCCAGUCAGAAAACACAUUUUUGGGGACUUCAGCCUCACAUGGAUCCUUAGGUCUCAACGGGAUGAACAGCAGCAUCUGGGAGCAUUUUGCCUCUGGAAGCUUCUCCCCGGGCACUUCCCCUGCCUUCUUGUCAGGGCCAGGGGCUGCUGAGCUGGCCCGGCUUCGGCAAGAGCUAGAUGAAGCCAACGGCACCAUCAAGCAGUGGGAGGAGUCCUGGAAGCAGGCCAAGCAGGCUUGUGAUGCCUGGAAGAAGGAGGCGGAAGAGGCUGGUGAGCGGGCCAGUGCGGCUGGCGCCGAGUGCGAGCUGGCCCGGGAGCAGCGGGACGCGCUGGAGGCGCAGGUGAAGAAGCUCCAGGAGGAGCUGGAGCGGCUGCACUCGGGGCCUGACCCCCAGGCCCUGCCCGCCUUCCCCAACCUGGAGGCGCUCUCGCUGUCCACACUCUACUCCCUCCAGAAGCAGCUGCGGGCCCACCUGGAGCAAGUGGACAAGGCCGUGUUCCACAUGCAGUCGGUAAAAUGCCUUAAGUGUCAGGAGCAGAACCGGGCGGUGCUGCCGUGCCAACACGCCGUGCUGUGCGAGCUCUGUGCCGAGGGCAGCGAGUGUCCGGUCUGCCAGCCCGGCCGGGCCCACGCCCUCCAGUCGUGACCCUGCAAGCCUGGCCCAGCCUGGCCCAGAUCUUCUCACCUAGGACUUUUUAAAGUAUAUAUAUAUAUAUGUAUGUAUGUAUGUAUGUAUAUGUAUAUGAUUAUGUAUAUGUAUACGUAUAUGUAUACAUUUCCGUAUGUGUGCAGGUAUGCGUGGGUGGCGUGAACAGUGUCUGUGUGUAUAUCUGUACAUAGAUAUAGACACACACUUUAAAACAGAUUUACCAAGCACUUUUUAAAAGAAAAAACUAUUUUGCAGUCCUCUCCUGCCCACUUCCAGCCCUUUCCACAGCAGAGACAAAAUCCCCUCUUCUCCCUCUGGCCUUUUGGCAGAGAAUCUGUUUCUGUCUCUUUUUUAAUGUAGGAACUAACUAUUUUUAACUUCUUCCUGGGGCCUGAGCAGGGAAGGGUGGGAAGCUGGAAGGGACUAAGGGGAGAGGCGAGACCUUCCUGGCAGGCCCUGCUCUCCCGGCCUCCCCAGGCAUAGGGUGUGGAGGGCUUGGGGCCUCCAGGGCAGAUCCGGUCCCCAGCUGUGAGGGUCUCGGAGCCUAGCUUCUAGUUUUACCAAAUGUGUAUUUAGUCCUGGGGACAGUGGCAGGGGCUGGCAGGCCCAAGCUGCAGGGCCAGCCCCACUCCCCACACCUGGGCCCUUGAAGCUCCUUGAGGGGCAAGGCCCAGGAGCUCUGCCCCUCAGGUUCCGGAGGCCUGGGGUCCACCCUCAGUCCUCUCCCCCUGGACUCCCCAGAACAGCCUCCCUUGCCCCAGGGCCACCCACCGGGCUGGCACUUCCCUCUCUGUGACCCUCCCACCCCCAGCUGUCCUCAGCUGUCCCUGCCCCCUGCCCUCUCUGGCACGGCUUGGCCCACCGUGCUGUCCGCCCCUCCCUCUGGCAGCUAGCAGGGCAAUUGGUGGGGAGGAGUGCGGACUGAGGACCAAGGGGGCCAGGCCCUGCCCUCCUUACCAGGAGGGGCUCCGUAUGCAUUCCUUGGUGCUCUCUGAGUGCAGCUGAUGUCCUGCCCCUGUCUGGGCAGACACCUGUGUGCAUGUGUGUGUGUGCCUGUCCAAUGUAUAUUGUGUCUUAGCUUCCAUUUUAAAAAUUGUCUGUACAGAGAGAGAUGCAGCGGGGCGGGAGGGCAGAGUGGGCAGAGGGAAGCGACCCCACUCCCAGCACUGGGUGUCUGGGGUGGGAGUGAGAGGGCUGCAGAGGGUCUGGCCCUGGUCAGGCCCCCCUUGGGCUCAGCACGAAAGGGCUUUCAAUGAAUUAAGUGAAAACUUUUUCCUUUUUUACAAAAAUGCAAAAAUCAACAAAGCUCCAAACCUAUUGGAAAUAAAAUAUGAACUUGCA